ACAACCACCACCACAGUACAUGCGUUUUACCGGUUAAAAUAUAAUUAUUAUUGUUAUAUUAUUAGAGAAAUCUAUGAUUAUCAGAAGAUUAUUGAAAUUUACUGAUAUUUGCGGUUUGAGCUCUAUAAAGACAAUACACACGAUGUCUUCGUCUUCGACGUUGAAAAAGAUUCCAGACGUUGAACUGGACAACAGAGGCCGUUACAAGUAUAUUUUAGUAAAAGUUACCGAUCAGAAUGAUUCAGCUAACAAUUCAAAAUACGUCGUUCGAGGAGGCCGACAAUUUGAAUAUCACGCCGACAUUUAUGACAAUCUGAAGAAAUGUAUAAACCCGGUGGAGUUGAAUGUCACAACCCAAAUAUUGGGCGGCGGAUGGGUGGAACAUGGCGAAAAAUCUAUUCUAGUCGAAGGAGCAUCCGUUCAAUACGGUCCGGCUGAUCAUAACAUAUCGGUGGACGUUUUGAAAAAAGCCUAUCCGGACUUCCGGGUGACUUGCAACAUCGAAUGAAGAGUACAGCUCUAUACAAAAGCGAAUAGAUCAAUUAUUUCACUGAUACAUUCGUGUACAAUCUAAUUUUACUUUAAACCCGCCUACAAUAUCGGUUUUCAUUUGGUUUGUCAGCAAUAAAAUAUUUCUCAAUAAAAAUGUACACAAUAUA